GUCGCACCCAUCAUCGCAGAGACCACCGCCACACAUAUCUGCUGCAGUCAAUUGGCUCGUCAUGGCCUGUCGCUUGCAUUCUAUGCGCCGCAUAGCCGCGCUAGCUCGCCCCCAUGCGGCAUCCAUAGCGCUUCCCUCCAGACAAGCAGCACCAGCUCGCUUCCCCUGCUUGAGGCUCUACUCUUCAUCUGCACCGAAACCCUCUCUCAACGCAGACUCGACCAUCACCGUCCGCGGCCAAAACUUCGCCACAGACCCCAAAUGGUUCAACGUAUCCCCUACCGUCCUCGAUGCCACAAGCCGCCGUCUUCACCUACAAAAAGACCACCCCGUCUACAUUACCCGCCAAAUCAUCGAGUCACACUUCCCCUCGUCCACAUUCAACUACUACAACGACUUCCACCCCGUCGUCUCAACCCAGCAGAACUUUGACUCGCUGGGCUUCCCCGCCGACCACCCCGGCCGCGCCCUCUCCGACACAUACUACAUUAGCAACACCGAGCUACUGCGCACACACACAAGCGCACACCAAGCAGACACCUUCCGAUCCAACAAGAGCGAUGGAUACCUCAUUUCCGCCGACGUGUACCGCCGCGAUGCCAUUGACCGCAGCCACUACCCGGCCUUUCACCAGAUGGAGGGUGCACGAUCGUGGGAUCGCAACACGGUACCCAACGGCGAUAUUGCUGCCGCGGUGCUCAAAGAUCUCGAGGCGCUCCCCAAGCACAACGUUGUCGUCGAGGACCCGAACCCGCCGCACCACGAGGAGCGCAAUCCGCUCCAGAGCGAGCAUCACUCCGCCGCCGAGGCCGAGGCCAUUGGCGCACACCUCAAGCGGUCCCUUGAGAAUAUGGUUGUCGACAUCUUCUCGCGCGCCAAAGCUGCCGCUAUCAAGGCUGACCCCAACUUUGUCGACGAGCCCCUGCGCAUGCGCUGGGUCGAGGCCUAUUUCCCCUUUACUAGCCCCUCGUGGGAGCUCGAGGUCUACUACGCGGGCGACUGGCUCGAGGUGUUAGGAUGUGGUGUAGUCCGUCAGAAUCUCUUUAUCAACGCCAAUGUGCCCUCGAAGCUCGGCUGGGCGUUUGGCAUUGGCAUCGACCGCAUUGCCAUGCUGCUCUUCAAGAUCCCCGAUAUUCGGCUGUUCUGGUCCAAGGACCAGCGCUUCCUCUCGCAGUUUGCCGGUGUUUCGGACAACCUGGACAAGAUGAAGCUCUUUGUGCCGUUUUCCAAGUACCCGCCGUGCCCCAAGGACGUGUCAUUCUGGCUGACGCCCAAGGGCGCCGAUGUGAACAGUGUGACUGUCCAUGAAAACGACGUCAUGGAGCUGGUGCGCAAUGUGGCGGGCGACGAUGUGGAGGAUGUGAGGCUAAUUGACGAGUUUACGCAUCCCAAGACGGGCCGCAAGAGUGUCGCGUACAAUAUUGUAUACCGCAGCCUGGAGAGGACGCUGACGAAUGAGGAGGCGAAUGAGUUUCACGAAAGGGUGCGAACGGCGCUGGUUGAGCAGCUCAAUGUUGAGCUUCGUUGAGGUGGGCAGGAUGUCUCACUGUGUAGUCUUAUGUAUAAAAUCACCAUUAUAAUCCAACAUGGAUCAUUAUUCUACAAAAAUAAAUAAUACAGCAUUCUUGUCUACAA